UAGGAGUCAGACCAUGGGCAGCUGAAUAUGGAAGGUUACAAAAGUUUUUUGGCUUUCCUUGUUUCCUCCCUCUUGCUGGGCUUCCUGGGAGUCAUUUUUACUCUAGUUUGGGUGCUUCACUGGAGAGAGGGGCUUGGCUGGGAUGGAGGAGCUGCAGAGUUCAACUGGCACCCAGUCUUGGUCACCUCAGGCUUCAUCUUCAUCCAAGGCAUUGCUAUCAUAGUGUACAGAUUGCCGUGGACCUGGAAAUGCAGCAAGCUGCUGAUGAAAUUUAUCCACGCCGGGCUUCAUCUCACCGCAUUAAUCUUUACCAUUGUGGCUCUGGUGGCCGUGUUUGAUUUUCACAAUGCCAAAAACAUCCCCAACAUGUACAGUCUGCACAGCUGGAUCGGGCUGACUGUUGUCAUCCUGUAUGCCUUACAGCUUGUUCUAGGUGUUUUGAUCUACCUGCUUCCUUUCGCCUCAAACACCCUGCGAGCUGCCCUCAUGCCAGUUCAUGUUUACUCUGGCCUGUUUAUCUUUGGUACAGUGAUAGCCACUGCUCUAAUGGGAAUCACAGAGAAACUAAUCUUUUCCCUGAAGGAGCCACCCUAUAGUAAAUUGCCACCUGAGGCCAUAUUUGUCAACACGUUCGGUCUCCUUAUCCUGGUAUUUGGCGGCCUGGUUGUUUGGAUGGUCACUACACCAGCCUGGAAGCGCCCUCGGGAGCAGGGAAUGGAAAUCUUAAGCCCUACUGUAUCUUCUCCAGAUGAAACAGAGGAAGGGUCCACUAUUACAGACUGCAGCAACACAGAGAAAUCUGAUGUGGAGUUAAAUAGCGAAGCGGCCAGAAAGAGAAUCUUGAAGUUGGACGAAGCAGGACAAAGGUCAACAAUGUGAGCAGGUUUAGGCCCCGCUACUGUGGAUUUGCUUCAUUCCUCGAAAUUAUUAUCUGGGGACUCUAACACCUCAGUUAGCCAACAUCAUUCCUGCAAAACAGUGCAAGGUCACUAAGGGGCAGAUCUAUUAAGGGUUGAACUGAAAAUUCUAAAAAAAAUUUAAUGGUCAAAACUGUCAAAUUCAACUAGGGAAUUAUCCAAACUUGAUUCGAGUUUUUUUUUAAAAAAAUUUAAUUUGAUUUUCGAGAUUUAUCAUACUCUGGUCCUUUAAGAAUUCUAAUUUUGACUAUUCGCCACCUAAAACCUGCGAAAUUACUGUUUAAGUCAAGGGAGAGGUCCAGGGAUCAAUUUGGAGAUGUUUGCAGCCUUCCUGACAUUCAGAGCAAAUAGAAUUCGAUACAAGUUUUUGAGUAUUCGUCUUAGUUUUUAAAAUUCUAUUUUUUUUUAUACAUUUCCCUAAGAAUUUUCGAAUUCAUUUGAAUUCAAGGGAGUUUUAAAAAAAACUUCGAAAUUCAGCCCUUGAUAAAUGUGCCUCCCCAUGUUUAUAUUCAGGGAUACAAGGCAGACAGGGACUGAACGCAUCUAUAAAAUUGAAGAUAGAUUGCGGUAUCUGUUGCUUUAAUUUUUAAACUUGUGGUAGGCUGUUAAAAGAAAUGUAAAUCCUUGAAACAAAUGCAUGCAUGCAGCAUUGCUCUGACUGAUACAAUGAAUGUGAAACAACAGCACCACCUGCUGCUCAGUUCUGUGUUGCCGCCACACACGGCAGAAAAUUAAGUUGCUGAGCAAAGUCUUGGGAUGUUGCUCUGAGCAAUUUUAUAUACAUUUGUUUUGAGGGUUUAUUAAAUCAGUUCCAUAAACUUAGUAACAUUGGAUGUUUUCACCAGGUAAGCUCCAGAUCUUGUAGUGCAUAGCAACCAAUCAAAUGUUAGAAUAAAAGGAGAACACAAUGUGUAAUCUGCGGGGGGGGGGGGCAAAAAGUUCAUGGCAGAUGACCUUCUAUAGAAAUUCUACAGCAAUUUCAAUCACUACUGGUGCCUAACAUUUGGCACCUCACAGUGAUUUUAAGUACAGUUCUUCUUUAACAGAAGACCAGUAAUUUUCUAACUGAGGAUUGGUUCCUAGAGUUUCUAACUUGUAGUAGACUGACCAAAACUAAUUGCUGAUUGGUUGCCAUGAAUUUGGUAAUUUGGUACUUAUGUUACUAAAUGAGCCCCAUCUUCUAUGGAGUAUGAUGCUCAUCAUUACCAUACAGGAAAAUGUAAAAACUCAUAUGUCUAAAAUGUUUUUGUAAUUGAAUUUUGGGUGUUAUUAAUAACAUGUAUUUAUAUAGUGCCAACAUAUUUCUCAGCGUGUUGUUAUCAUCACCACCCAGCAGUCCUCCAUGCUACCAUAAAACAAACAAAUAAAUGGCAUAAUUAAUAUAUUAUUAAGCUGGAGGUCAUAAGACAUUGCUCCUGUGUAUUAUAUACCUAUAGCAGCACAGUAGUUGCCUAUAUAAGAUUCUUUUUGAUUAUUUUAGGAUAUCUUGGGAAUUAAGGGGAUUCUAUAGCAUUACAACUGUUUCACUAACCUGGUAAAUUUAAAAGAAAGUGAAAAUGGUAAAUUACACUUUAUAUUUUGUCCUGAAAGAAUUCUUUAUAGGAAAGCUGUGAUUCAUUCCACUGGAAAUAGUUCUCAAUCACACCUAGGGUGGCCAAUCAGAGCAGCCCCGUAGUUUCACUUUAAUUUUUAAAUUAAAAUGUUUUUAUUUCUAAAGAUGAAUAGUUAUGGCAACAUCUGCAUGGGAUGAUGGGAACUAUCUCAAAAAAAGUGUCUGAUGCACACACAAGCAAUUAUCCAUUUAUCUGAGUUCAGCCUCCCUGACAUUAUUGUGUGUACUGGCCAAUAUAGGAGUCCGUUUUGAUAGACUUCCCUGACAUCUGACCAAAUCACAGUCAGGUCUGGACAUAAAGCCUAAUUUACUGGUAUUUCCCAUCAGCCCAUAGAUGGCGGUAUCAGCAGAGAAUAAAAGUGGAGGCCACACCUCCUUUCUGAUCCACACACUUCACAGUGCUUAAAGGGGUUGUUUGCCUUUAAAUUAACUUUUAGUAUGAUGUAGAGAGGGGUAUUCUGAGACAAUUUGCAAUUGGUUUUAAUAUUUUAUUAUUUGUGGUUUUUGAGUUAUUUAGCUUUUUAUUCAGCAGCUCUCCAGUUAGCAAUUUCAGCAAUCUGGUUGCUAGGGUCCAAAUAACCCUAGCAACCAUGCAUAGAUAUGAAUAACAGACUGGAAUAUGAGUAGGAGAGGGCCUGAAUAGAAAGGUGAGAAGUAAAAAAUAGCAAUAACAAUAAAUUUGUAGCCUUACAGAGUAUUUGUUUUUAGAUGGGUUCAGUGACCCCCCAUAUGAAAGCUGGAAAGAGUCAGAAGGAAAAGGUAAAUCAUUCAAAAACUAUAAAAAGUAAAAAAUGAAGGGCAAUUGAAAAGUUACUUAGAAUUAGCCACUUGAAGUAUCAGUAAUUACAGUCUCUCUACGCUGGACGUAAUCAGAGAGACAGUGGCGAUACAGUGAAAAUUCAGUUUUACAUCCCCUGAUUUUAAGUUUUCCCUCAUUUUACAUUGUUGUUUUGUGGUCCCACAAAAUUUUCCAGGAUUUUAAACCAUAUUUUUCUUGUCCCCUGAAAAACGUAAAAUGGGGGUUCUACUGUAAUAUAUAACUUCUUAACAGCCAAGAGGAAAAGAACUCAGCUUCACAUAAGAGCUUUUACACAUGUUUUGUUGCUGUUUCUUUGGGACUUUGCAGUUUGAGAUUUGGAUAUUACAUUUUCUAAUGCCCCUAUUGGUGAUAAAUGGGGUUUCCCAAGCUUCCUUAAUAGUUGCAUACACACAGAUCAAAAACUUGCAUGAUUCUCAUUUAUGCAGUGCCAUAGUAUGCAGCUCAGUACAACGGAUGUCACACAAUUUACUCUUGUAUUGGAACCAAUGUCACCAGUAAUGAUAUUGCUCCAUACUCCAUAGUGGCGCAGGGAGAAACAGAAGUCAACAUAAUAUGAAAGCAAAAGUGAUAUUUUCUGACUUAAUUAUAUAAACAGGUCUAUUAUUUGUAAGAAAUAUUCUUUGCAGGCAAAUACCCCAUGCAUAAUGGUUGCUAGUCCUGUAAAUAUUGGCUUGGGAAUCUGAUAGGUGAGAAUUUUCUAAUUGUAUAUGUAUGUUUCCUAUGUACAGAUAUGGUAUAUCUCAGUAGGAAACAUUGUAUUUGGUA